GCCUGGGCUGGUAAAGAAGGUAGAGGCGCGCUCCGCCCACCGCGCACGCGUAGCGCACCCAGUGCGCAAGCGCAGCCCCGCGGCUCCCGCGGGUAGGGACACCGCCCCUUACACGGCCCGCCCCCAGCACCGCCUCAAUCCAAUCGGCACGGGAUGGCCAUCGCCAAGUCCCGCCCCUCCUACCGUCUUCGUCGCUUCAUUUGCCAGAGUCAAAAUAGGUGAACUGAAGUAAGAGGAGGAGUGAAAGGUCAACUUCCCAGCAGCCUUUGCUCUUGUCUCUGCUAUAGGAACCCCGAGUGAUUGUGUGGGAUGCUCGCAUAAUCUUGUGGCCCGGAAGAUUCUGGUUUGUUGCGUUCUUCCUGGCCGGUCGCGUGAACGCGUGUAAGAGUUGGUGCCGAAAUCCGGGAAGAAAGAACCCAGGACGAAAAAACCCAGGACAAGAAAACUCGGGACGGGAGUUAACCAUCACCGGCGCAAGGAAGAUCCCUCAUUCCAGAACCAGAACUGCGGGUCAUGGUAAUGAAGUGUUCCCAUAAAACAGACUGUUGAGAAGGAUUCAACUGCAUGAAUUCAGAACUCUUCAGCUGGGGAACAGGGGUACCAGUGAGUACAGCUUUACAAGGUAAGUCUGGUCUUAAACUUUCUAACGAAAUUCAAGACAGUCUAUCAGAAGUAAAGUGGGAAAUAGCUUUACAAGGUAUGUUUGGCCUUGAACUUUUUCUAGUGUUAGGAGCCUUUUUGUUCUUUUUCACAUGUUAUCAAGUGAUUAAGGUAGGGCUAAAAAUUCUGGAUGAAAUUCAGGGCAAUCUAUCAGAAGUAAAGCGGGGAGAGAGAGUAGGAGCAAAGAGGAAAUAUGGUUCACAAAAUAAGUAUACAGGCCUUUCCAAGGGUCUUGAACCCGAGGAAAAGUUUAGGUCAGGUAAGAAUACCUGGGGAGAGAUUAGAAGGAAGGAAAAGAAAAAAGAAAAAAAAAAAGAUCAAUUAGCGGAGGUCUCUAGGAGAAGGAGCCUAUACUCAUCACUAGAUGAGCUCAAGGAGCCAGCUCUUAGUAGCUCUGAAGCAGAUGAAGAAUUCUCCUCUGAAGAAACAGACUUGGAGGAGGAAGCAGCUCAUUAUGAGAGAAAAGGGUACCAGCCAGAUAAAGUGCUAGCUAAUCAGUUAAGGAAAAAGCCAAAAGCGGCUGGCGAAGGCCAGUUUGCUGCUUGGCCUCCGGGCAGUCGGCUUCAAGGUGCACUUCCGCCCUAUGCGGAGCCCCCGCCCUGCGUAGUGCGUCAGCCCUGCGCAGAGAGGCAAUGCGCAGACUCAUUCAUUCCCAGAGAGGAACAAAGGAAAAUACAACAGCCAUUUCCGGUCUUUGAAGGAGCCGAGGGUGGGCGUGUCCACGCUCCGGUAGAAUAUGUGCAGAUUAAAGAGCUUGCCGAGUCGGUCCGUAAAUAUGGAACCAAUGCUAAUUUUACCUUGGUGCAGUUAGACAGGCUUGCCGACAUGGCACUAACUCCUGCCGACUGGCAAACGAUUGUAAAAGCCGCUCUCCCUAGUAUGGGCAAAUAUAUGGAAUGGAGAGCUCUAUGGCAAGAGGCUGCACAAGCGCAGGCCCGAGCAAACGCAGCUGCUUUGACUCCAGAGCAGAGAGAUUGGACUUUUGACUUGUUAACGGGUCAGGGAGCUUAUUCUGCUGAUCAAACAAACUACCAUUGGGGAGCUUAUGCCCAAAUUUCCUCCACGGCUAUUAGGGCCUGGAAGGCGCUCUCCCGAGCAGGUGAAGCCACUGGACAACUAACAAAGAUCGUCCAGGGACCUCAGGAGUCCUUCUCAGAUUUUGUAGCCAGAAUGACAGAGGCAGCAGAGCGUAUUUUUGGAGAUUCAGAGCAAGCCGCACCUCUGGUAGAACAGCUCAUUUAUGAGCAAGCCACAAAGGAGUGCCGAGCGGCCAUAGCCCCAAGAAAGAACAAAGGCUUACAAGACUGGCUCAGGGUUUGUCGGGAGCUUGGGGGACCUCUCACCAAUGCAGGCUUAGCGGCCGCCAUCCUUCAAUCCCAAAACCGCUCCAUGGGCAGAAAUGAUCAGAGGACAUGUUUUAACUGCGGAAAGCCUGGGCAUCUUAAGAAAGAUUGCAGAGCUCCAGAUAAACAGGGAGGGACUCUCACUCUUUGCUCUAAGUGUGGCAAGGGUUAUCAUAGAGCCGACCAGUGUCGCUCUGUGAGGGAUAUAAAGGGCAGAAUCCUUCCCCCACCUGAUAAUCAAUCAGCUUAUGUGCCAAAAAACGGGUCAUCGGGCGCUCGGUCCCAGGGCCCUCAAAGAUAUGGGAACCGGUUUGUCAGGACCCAGGAAGCAGUCAGAGAGGCGACCCAGGAAGACCCACAAGGGUGGACCUGCGUGCCGCCUCCGACUUCCUAUUAAUGCUUCAAAUGAGUAUUCAGCCGGUGCCAGUGGAGCCUAUACCAUCCUUGCCCCCGGGAACCAUGGGCCUUAUUCUCGGCCGGGGUUCACUCACCUUGCAGGGCUUAGUAGUCCACCCUGGAGUUAUGGAUUGUCAACAUUCCCCUGAAAUACAGGUCCUGUGCUCAAGCCCUAAGGGCGUUUUUUCUAUUAGUAAAGGAGAUAGGAUAGCUCAGCUGCUGCUCCUCCCUGAUAAUACCAGGGAGAAAUUUGCAGGACCUGAGAUAAAGAAAAUGGGCUCCUCGGGAAAUGAUUCUGCCUAUUUGGUUGUAUCUUUGAAUGAUAGACCUAAGCUCCGCCUUAAGAUCAACGGAAAAGAGUUUGAAGGCAUCCUUGAUACCGGAGCAGAUAAAAGUAUAAUUUCUACACAUUGGUGGCCCAAAGCAUGGCCCACCACAGAGUCAUCUCAUUCAUUACAGGGCCUAGGUUAUCAAUCAUGUCCCACUAUAAGCUCCAUUGCCUUGACGUGGGAAUCCUCUGAAGGGCAGCAAGGGAAAUUCAUACCUUAUGUGCUCCCACUCCCGGUUAACCUCUGGGGAAGGGAUAUUAUGCAGCAUUUGGGCCUUAUUUUGUCCAAUGAAAACGCCCCAUCGAGAGGGUAUUCAGCUAAAGCAAAAAAUAUCAUGGCAAAGAUGGGUUAUAAAGAAGGAAAAGGGUUAGGACAUCAAGAACAGGGAAGGAUAGAGCCCAUCUCACCUAAUGGAAACCAAGACAGACAGGGUCUGGGUUUUCCUUAGGGGCCAUUGGGGCAGCACGACCCAUACCAUGGAAAACAGGGGAUCCAGUGUGGGUUCCUCAAUGGCCCCUAUCCUCUGAAAAACUGGAAGCUGUGAUUCAACUGGUAGAGGAACAAUUAAAACUAGGCCAUAUUGAACCCUCUACCUCACCUUGGAAUACUCCAAUUUUUGUAAUUAAGAAAAAGUCAGGAAAGUAGAGACUGCUCCAUGACCUCAGAGCCAUUAAUGAGCAAAUGAACUUAUUUGGCCCGGUACAGAGGGGUCUCCCUGUACUUUCCGCCUUACCACGUGGCUGGAAUUUAAUUAUUAUAGAUAUUAAAGAUUGUUUCUUUUCUAUACCUUUGUGUCCAAGGGAUAGGCCCAGAUUUGCCUUUACCAUCCCCUCUAUUAAUCACAUGGAACCUGAUAAGAGGUAUCAAUGGAAGGUCUUACCACAGGGAAUGUCCAAUAGUCCUACAAUGUACCAACUUUAUGUGCAAGAAGCUCUUUUGCCAGUGAGGGAACAAUUCCCCUCUUUAAUUUUGCUCCUUUACAUGGAUGACAUCCUCCUGUGCCAUAAAAACCUUACCAUGCUACAAAAGGCAUAUCCUUUUCUACUUAAAACUUUAAGUCAGUGGGGUUUACAGAUAGCCACAGAAAAAGUCCAAAUUUCUGAUACAGGACAAUUCUUGGGCUCUGUGGUGUCCCCAGAUAAGAUUGUGCCCCAAAAGGUAGAGAUAAGAAGAGAUCACCUCCAUACCUUAAAUGAUUUUCAAAAGCUGUUGGGAGAUAUUAAUUGGCUCAGACCUUUUUUAAAGAUUCCUUCCGCUGAGUUAAGGCCUUUGUUUGGUAUUUUAGAAGGAGAUCCUCAUAUCUCCUCCCCUAGGGCUCUUACUCUAGCUGCUAACCAGGCCUUACAAAAAGUGGAAAAUGCCUUACAGAAUGCACAAUUACAACGUAUUGAGGAUUCGCAGCCUUUCAGUUUGUGUGUCUUUAAGACAGCACAAUUGCCAACCGCAGUUUUGUGGCAGAAUGGGCCAUUGUUGUGGAUCCAUCCAAACGUAUCCCCAGCUAAAAUAAUAGAUUGGUAUCCUGAUGCAAUUGCACAGCUUGCCCUUAAAGGCCUAAAAGCAGCAAUCACCCACUUUGGGCGAAGUCCAUAUCUUUUAAUUGUACCUUAUACCGCUGCACAGGUUCAAACCUUGGCAGCCACAUCUAAUGAUUGGGCAGUUUUAGUUACCUCCUUUUCAGGACAAAUAGAUAACCAUUAUCCAAAACAUCCAAUUUUACAGUUUGCCCAAAAUCAAUCUGUUGUGUUUCCACAAAUAACAGUAAGAAACCCACUUAAAAAUGGGAUUGUGGUAUAUACUGAUGGAUCAAAAACUGGCAUAGGUGCCUAUGUGGCUAAUGGUAAAGUGGUAUCCAAACAAUAUAAUGAAAAUUCACCUCAAGUGGUAGAAUGUUUAGUGGUUUUAGAAGUUUUAAAAACCUUUUUAGAACCCCUUAAUAUUGUGUCAGAUUCCUGUUAUGUGGUUAAUGCAGUAAAUCUUUUAGAAGUGGCUGGAGUGAUUAAGCCUUCCAGUAGAGUUGCCAAUAUUUUUCAGCAGAUACAAUUAGUUUUGUUAUCUAGAAGAUUUCCUGUUUAUAUUACUCAUGUUAGAGCCCAUUCAGGCCUACCUGGCCCCAUGGCUCUGGGAAAUGAUUUGGCAGAUAAGGCCACUAAAGUGGUGGCUGCUGCCCUAUCAUCCCCGGUAGAGGCUGCAAGAAAUUUUCAUAACAAUUUUCAUGUGACGGCUGAAACAUUACGCAGUCGUUUCUCCUUGACAAGAAAAGAAGCCCGUGACAUUGUUACUCAAUGUCAAAGCUGCUGUGAGUUCUUGCCAGUUCCUCAUGUGGGAAUUAACCCACGCGGUAUUCGACCUCUACAGGUCUGGCAAAUGGAUGUUACACAUGUUUCUUCCUUUGGAAAACUUCAAUAUCUCCAUGUGUCCAUUGACACAUGUUCUGGCAUCAUGUUUGCUUCUCCGUUAACCGGAGAAAAAGCCUCACAUGUGAUUCAACAUUGUCUUGAGGCAUGGAGUGCUUGGGGGAAACCCAGACUCCUUAAGACUGAUAAUGGACCAGCUUAUACAUCUCAAAAAUUCCAGCAGUUCUGCCGUCAGAUGGACGUGACCCACCUGACUGGACUUCCAUACAACCCUCAAGGACAGGGUAUUGUUGAGCGUGCGCAUCGCACCCUCAAAGCCUAUCUAAUAAAACAGAAGAGGGGAGUCGAGACUCUACCCCGAGUACCAAGAGUGUCUGUGUCUAUGGCACUCUUUACACUCAAUUUUUUAAAUAUUGAUGCUCAUGGCCAUGCUGCGGCUGAACGUCAUUGUUCAGAGCCAGAUAGGCCCAAUGAGAUGGUUAAAUGGAAAAAUGUCCUUGAUAAUAAAUGGUAUGGCCCGGAUCCUAUUUUGAUAAGAUCCAGGGGAGCUAUUUGUGUUUUUCCACAGAAUGAAGACAACCCAUUUUGGAUACCAGAAAGACUCACCCGAAAAAUCCAGACUGACCAAGGGAAUACUGAUGUCCCUCGUCUUGGUGAUGUCCAGGGCGUCAAUAAUAAAGAGAGAGCAGCGUUGGGGGAUAAUGUCGACAUUUCCACUCCCAAUGCCGGUGAUGUAUAAUGCUCAAGUAUUCCCCUGCUUUUUUACCACUAACUAGGAACUGGGUUUGGCCUUGAUUCAGACAGCCUUGGCUCUGUCUAGACAGGUCCAGAUGACUGACACCAUUAACACUUUGUCAGCCUCAGUGACUACAGUCAUAGAUAAACAGGCCUCAGCUAAUGUCAAGAUACAGGGUGGUCUCAUGCUGGUUAGUCAACUCAUAGAUCUUGUCCAGAAACAACUAGAUGUAUUAUGGCAAAUAGCUCAGCUGGGAUGUGAACAAAAGUUUCCGGGAUUGUGUGUUACUUCCAUUCAGUAUGAGAAAUUUACUAGGGCAGCUAAUUUGUCAAAAAGUCUUUUUCAGUAUAUGUUACAGAAUUGGACGGCUGAAUUUGAACAGAUCCUUCGGGAAUUGAGACUUCAGGUCAACUCCACGCGCUUGGACCUGUCCCUGACCAAAGGAUUACCCAAUUGGAUCUCCUCAGCAUUUUCCUUCUUUAAAGAAUGGGUGGGAUUGAUAUUAUUUGGAGAUACACUUUGCUGUGGAUUAGUGUUGCUUCUUUGGUUGGUCUGUAAGCUUAAGGCCCAAACUAGGAGAGACAAGGUGGUUAUUGCCCAGGCGCUUGCAGGACUAGAACAUGGUGCUUCCCCUGAUUUAUGGUUAUCUAUGCUUAAGCAAUAGGUCGCUGGCCAUUCAGCUCUUGCACACCACGAGGCUAGUCUCAUUGCACGGGAUAGAGUGAGUGUGCUUCAGCAGCCCGAGAGAGUUGCACGGCUAAGCACUGCAGUAGAAGGGCUCUGCGGCAUAUAUGAGCCUAUUCUAGGGAGACAUGUCAUCUUUCAAGAAGGUUGAGUGUUCAAGUGUCCUUCCUCCAGGAAAAACAACACGGGACCAGACCAGGACCCCUCUAGGUGAUGAGCCUGGAAGGAGGUUAUGUGUACGGCUCCUUUACCUGCACACUGGGGAUUUGACCUCUAUCUCCACUCUCAAUAUGGGUGGCCUAUUGCUCUUAUUAAUAGAAAAGGGGGAACUGUGGGAAGCCGCCCCCACAUUCGCCGUUACAAGAUGGCGCUGACAGCUGUGUUCUAAGUGGUAAACAAAUAAUCUGCACAUGUGCCAAGGGUAGUUCUCCACCCCAUGUGCUCUGCCUUCCCCGUGACGACAACUCGGCCAUGGGCUGCAGCCAAUCAGGGAGUGAUACGUCCUAGGCGAAGGAUAACUCUCCUUAAGAGGGACGGGGUUUCGUUUUUGCUUUUGGGGGGCUCUUGCACUCUUGCUCCUGAAGAUGUAAAUAAUAAAGUUUUUACCG